AUGGCACCCAAAAAGAACAAGGCCGCAAAAAAGAACAAAGCAGAUAUAAAUGAAGUGGCAAUUAUGGUUGAGGACAGUCCCGUCAACAAAAUCAAUGGACUGAACACGUUACUGGAAGGUGGAAAUGGCUUCAGCUGCAUCUCAACAGAGGUCACUGACCCGGUCUAUGCUCCUAACCUCCUGAACGGCCUGAGCAACAUGAGACAAGACAGCUUCCUGUGUGACCUAACUGUUGCAACCAAGUCCAAGUCCUUUGAUGUCCACAAAGUUGUGAUGGCCUCCUGUAGUGAAUACAUUCAGAAUGUCCUGAAGAAGGAUCCAUCCCUUCAGAAGAUUGAACUUAAUGACCUGUCCCCAGUUGGCCUUGCCACAGCCAUCUCUUAUGCAUACUCUGGAAAACUGACCUUGUCAUUGUACACCAUUGGCAGCACAAUUUCUGCAGCUAUUUUCCUGCAGAUCCAUACCCUGGUGAAGAUGUGUAGUGACUUCUUGAUGCAGGAGAUCAGUGUGGAAAACUGUAUGUAUGUGGUCAACAUUGCUGACACAUACAAUCUCAAAGAAACCAAAGAGGCUGCACAGAAAUUCAUGCGGGAGAACUUCAUCGAGUUCUCUGAGAUGGAGCAGUUCCUGAAGCUCACCUAUGAACAGAUCAGUGAGUUCCUCAGUGAUGACUCCCUCCAGCUGCCCUCUGAAAUCACUGCUUUCCAGAUCGCCACAAAAUGGCUGGACUUUGAUGAGAAGAGGUUGAAGUAUGCUUCAGAUCUACUAACAAACAUCCGCUUUGGCACCAUCUCUGCCCAGGAUCUGGUUAACCACGUGCAGAACGUUCCAAGGAUGAUGCAGGACCCUGAGUGCCAUCGUUUGCUGGUUGAUGCCAUGAAUUACCACCUCUUGCCCUUCCAACAGAACAUCCUUCAGUCUCGAAGAACGAAGGUUCGUGGAGGCCUCAGAGUGUUGCUCACUGUAGGUGGACGACCUGCCUUGACUGAAAAGUCUCUUAGCAAGGAGAUUCUUUACAGAGAUGCUGACAAUGUAUGGAACAAACUUACCGAAAUGCCGGCAAAGAGCUUCAACCAAUGUGUGGCAGUCCUGGAUGGCUUCCUUUAUGUUGCUGGUGGUGAAGACCAGAAUGAUGCCAGGAACCAAGCUAAACAUGCUGUCAGCAAUUUCUGCAGAUACGAUCCCCGUUUCAACGCUUGGAUACAUUUGGCCAGUAUGAUUCAGAGGCGCACCCAUUUCAGCCUUAACACUUUCAAUGGCCUCCUGUUUGCUGUGGGCGGGCGCAACUCUGAUGGCUGCCAGGCAUCUAUUGAAUGUUAUGUUCCUUCCUCCAAUCAAUGGCAAAUGAAGGCUCCCAUGGAAGUGCCACGGUGCUGCCAUGCCAGCACAGUCAUUGAUGGAAAGAUCUUGGUAACCGGUGGUUACAUCAACAAUGCCUACUCUCGAGCUGUGUGUUCUUAUGACCCAUCCACUGAUAGCUGGCAGGAUAAAAACAGCCUGAGCACCCCAAGAGGCUGGCAUUGUGCUGUUUCUGUUGGCGAUCGUGCCUACGUAAUUGGUGGUAGCCAGCUUGGUGGUCGGGGGGAGAGGGUGGAUGUGUUGCCAGUUGAAUGUUACAAUCCUCACUCAGGUCAAUGGAGCUACGUUGCACCCUUGCACACGGGUGUGAGCACAGCUGGUGCUGCCACUUUGAAUAACAAGAUCUAUGUCCUUGGUGGGUGGAAUGAGAUUGAGAAGAAGUACAAGAAGUGUAUUCAAGUGUUCAACCCUGAUCUUAAUGAAUGGACUGAUGAUGACGAAUUGCCGGAGGCAACAGUAGGAAUCUCCUGCUGCGUUGUCACCAUCCCCACACGUAAAACAACACGAGAGUCAAGAGCCAGCUCAGUAUCAUCUGCACCAGUCAGUAUAUAA